UCGCGGUAUUUCUCACCGCUGAGAAAAUCGCACUCCUCUCCCAUUGGCAAAUAAUGAAUUCUCAGAGCCGAGCAGCCAAUCACAGCCCAGUGCGUAAAGCGCUGCGUGGAGAAUCGUCUCACUGCUGAAAAAAAAGAGGAGCCAACGGGAAUCCCAUAAUGCCAGGCGAGGGACCUCCUGUCGGAGAGUGAAGCUCCGCUGGUUUCAAUGAAAGAGGGGGAGAAGAGUAAUGCAGAGGGAUGUAAGAUGGCAGAGCUACAAAUGUUGUUAGAGGAAGAAAUCCCGGCUGGAAAAAGAGCCCUUGUGGAGAGCUACCAAAACCUUUCAAGGGUCGCGGAAUAUUGCGAGAACAAUUAUGUGCAGGCACAAGACAAGAGGAAAGCCCUUGAGGAGACCAAAGCCUACACCACCCAGUCCCUGGCGAGCGUGGCCUAUCAGAUCAAUGCCUUAGCCAACAAUGUGCUGCAGCUGUUGGAUAUUCAGGCUUCACAGCUGCGCAGGAUGGAGUCCUCCAUCAACCACAUCUCUCAGACUGUAGACAUUCAUAAAGAAAAAGUUGCUAGACGAGAGAUCGGGAUCCUCACCACCAACAAAAACACAUCUCGGACCCACAAAAUCAUCGCCCCCGGGAACAUGGAGCGGCCCGUGCGCUACAUCAGGAAGCCCAUAGAUUACACCCUGCUGGAUGACGUGGGUCACGGUGUUAAAUGGCUUAAAGCAAAGCAAGGGAAUACCCAGCCAGCUCGGGGAGGUGGAGGAACAUUAUCCAGGACGAAUCCCCCCACACAGAAGCCCCCGAGCCCACCCAUGGCAGGGAGAGGUACCCUGGGACGAAACACACCGUAUAAGACGCUGGAGCCAGUCAAGCCUCCUGUGGUGCCUAAUGACUACAUGACCAGUCCGGCUCGCCUGGGCAGCCAGAACAGCCCUGGACGCACUGCCUCGCUCAGUCAGAGACCUCGAACGCACAGUGGCAGUAGUGGGGGCAGCGGCGGUCGAGAGAACAGCAGUAAUAGUAUGGGAAUCCCUCUGGCUGUUCCAACACCCUCCCCUCCCAGUAUGGCACCAGUUCCUCAAGGUCCAGGUUUGGGCCCGAUCCCGAUGUCUCAGUUCGGAACAAUCUCCCGGCAGAUUUCCAGACACAAUUCCUCCAGCACUUCUUCCUCUGCCUCUAUGGUGUCAGCCACCGGCACCUACCGGCGCGCCCCUGCCGGCUCCUCCCAGUUCUCUGUGCCUCAACCCCAUCUGAACGGGGGUCCCACAUACCCCCAGAACACAAUGUCUAUCGCUCCACCACCUCCUCCCUUGGCGCAGCUGACGCCCCAGAUUCCUCUCACUGGCUUUGUGGCCAGAGUUCAGGAGAACAUAACAGACAGCCCCUCUCCCCCCCCUCCUCCGCUACCUGAGGACACGCCCUUGUUUGAGGAAGCAGCUCCGCCUCCUCCACCUCCACCUGCGGAUUAUGAUGAAGAAGAUGCAGCUCUGGUGCACUACAAUGACCCUUAUGCUGAUGGAGACCCUCACUGGGCCCCAAAAUCCUUCUUAGAGAAGGUGGUGGCCAUCUAUGACUACGCGAAGGACAAAGAUGAUGAGCUGUCCUUCAUGGAGGGCGCCAUCAUCUACAUCAUCAAGAAAAAUGAUGACGGCUGGUUCGAGGGCGUGUGUAACGGUGUCACCGGACUGUUUCCAGGCAACUACGUGGAGUCCAUCAUGCACUACGCUGACUAAAGCUACAUCCCAGAGACGGCGUAUAAUGCAGCCAAUCAGUUACAAACAUUGCAAAGUGCAUUAGGAUAUGACUGAAUGUUUGUUUUCGUCCAAUCGCAAAUGUAUCCAAGCAUCUGCAGUGCUGAAGGUUUGAGGAGACAGAAGAAUAUGAAAAGAAACGAGUCUCACUGCUUUCUGGUUAGGUUGCCUCAUAUAUUUUGUACAUAUAUUACAGUGAGACGUUGCGCUAGUGUUUGUUUUUGUGCGUGUUUUGUCAUCGUAUAGAGACCUGUGUUUGCCAAGUGUCAGCUAGGGCUAGUUCAUUUAGUUUUUUAUUUUUAUUUACUAAACUGUCAAGCUCUUCCUUAACGUGAGGAAGAAAUGUUUGAAUGUCAUUCCUGGAAAAAUAAUUAGGCAACAAUAUAAAAAAGACAAUUACAUCUUUAACUAUGUUUUGCAUUCAGGUUAAGCUUAUGUUUACUAUCAUAUUACCUCACGACUGAAAGGUGAGGGAAAAGACAGAUGCAGUAAUGUGCAGAGAUUCUCCUGCAUAUCCAGUGUUGCCAAGUCCGUGGUUUUCCUGCGGAUUUGAGCUUCUUUAACACUGUUGCCUGCCGCGGGUUGUUUUUCAUGCCCGCGGAUUUAAGCUACAGCUACAUUUAUCCCCUAAAAUGCUCAUUUUACCAGGGGAACCCCACCAGAAACGUGUAGUUUACCCCACCAGAAUGCGAUUUUUGCCAGUGGAUCCUCAAAACACGAUGAAGCUAGUUUGGAUUAGCAAUUGAGCAGGUUUUGUUACAAAUACCUGGCAACCCUGUGCAUAUCAGACUUAACUUCAUAAACCUGUCAAAAGCAUGACCAUAUAUAUAUAUAUAUAUCACCCCAAAAUAGAAAAAAAAAUUAUAAAAAAUAUUAUAAUUACGAAUUAUAUUUUGCUAUUAGACAAUGAUGCCUAUAUUUUUUGCAUUAUAGCAUUUUGUGACAUUUAAGCACAUUUUCCCCAAAAUUCCUACUAUAAUGCAAAAAAAGAAAAUAAUUCUCAUUGCUAUAAUAUUUUUCUUCUACUGCCAUUAAUUUAUGCUGAUUUAAGUAUGAAAAAAAAUGAUAAUCAAUAAUGAGAAUUCUAAGAAAAAAAACAGGCUCUGUGUCCUUUACGCAAAACGACUCUUUUUCUUUUGUGACCUAGACAUGUGUUCAUGAGAUUCAACCACAUACUAGAGUAUAAACUGUGCCAAGCUGGUCUGUGAUAGUGUUUUUGUUGAAACUGCUGAAGUAUUGUGAACUUUAUGAUGUUGCACUGAGCGGGUAACACUGGCGCACUAGCAUUGCCCACAGAUUCCAGUUUGUUACAUAAAGUAUCAGAAAUCAGUUUCUGUCAUUGUAUAUUUCAUGUAGGGGGACCAUGCAAAGCUGUAUUAGUCUUUCCGUCUUGGCCAGUUCAGACGUUUUGCUGAAUUUAGAUGAUAAUCCAUAGAUUUCAUGGGGGGAAAAUAAUCAAGUUUAGUGUAUAGUACUGAUGAAUGUGAGCUCAUAACUGUUAGCAUGGCACAAACAUCAAGAUGAUUCUGGUUUCUGGUUUUUAGAAGCGUCUCAAACUGCUGUUGAAGACAAGUUUUCAUUUAUUUAAUCCAGUGAAAUAUCUGUGAGAAUGUAACUCACAUAGAGCUGUCUGAACAAUGACCAACUAAUGUCAAGCAUCGCAAGGCCUUGUCAUAUGAUGUGCAAGUGAUCUGUAAUUUAAAUGUUCCUUUGCAGAUGAUCUGCAAAAAAUAUAAUCUCUAUUAUCGUUUUGUAUAUAUAAUCUGUUUUUCUUUUUAUGUACAGUCUCUUUUUAUAAUAAAGCACUCUCCUGUGCAAUAUA